CGUGAAACCCCAAGUGUGCCCCACUAAUAGAAUGACUAGUAGCUUCCAUGACUGUGACGCCGAUGAGUGUAUCUAUUGAAUCUUUGGCAGGAGCCAAGUUGAACGAUUGCCUUGCACUACUAGGUACCUAUUUUCACAUUGAGAGUGAGUACCUAGUAAGCCUUCCUACUUAAUCAGCCUACUCAAUGCUCCAGUUGUUCUUGCGCAGACAGAACACUUAUUUUUAAUACCUUCGGAUUGGGUAUCAACUUUGCAGUGAAAAAUAGUACCAAUUUGAAGAAAACUAUUAGGAACAAUUCCCAAAUCACCUACCUCCUCCCACACCAAACACCAAACACCAAACGUACCAGUCUUACCAAACGCCAAAAAAGGAAGAAAAAGAAGAAAUCGCAGCUAUUCAUGCGGUAUCUAGUAACUAGUACGACUUAUUAGUACCGUACUACCUACUAGGCACUGCCUAAAGCUGGUCGCAUUAUUAGGUAACCUACCUAGGUAACCUGGAUAGCCUGAGCAGCCUUUCGUUUUUAGGCUGACUUCACGUACGGAUAUUUCAAUACCAUCAAUCACUUGAACUUUCUUCUAGUCGCCAAACAUCUUCCUUACCGAUACGUAUCUCAUAUCGUCAAAAUGUCAUCUACAGCCCUCGCCGAUCAGGGCCUCAAAGCUAUCGCCCACGGCCAAUACGAGGACGGUAUUAGCAAAUUAUCCGAAGUUAUCAAAGAGCGUCCCGCGCCCCUCUGGCUACUCGAGCGAUCUAAAGCCCACUUACGAACAAACAAACUCGACGAAGCCCUCGAAGAUGCCGAGAAGGCUCUCAGAAUAGCCUAUGAUCGAGCUAACCGAGACCUCAUGAUUGAGGCUCAACUGCGACGAUGCAUUACCCUCUUACGCCUACAACGCUAUGCUGACGCCGAUAUCUGCGCAUUCUGGGCACUUCGACUUCUUGACAAGGCCAAGGCUGCCGAAAACGAUGGUCAGCUAAGCAAAGUCGACAGUGAUGGAAAUUACACCGUACGAGUCAGUGAUGUUAGGGCAGAAGCCCCAGCCAAUCGGCAGGCGGACAUUCAGGACGCUAUGCAAGACAAUGGAAGAGCCAAGGUCACUUCCUUGCGAAACCAGGCAAUCUCGUGGCGCAUUCAAGCCUUGACUCAAUUGCAGAAUUCACCUGCUGGGCAUCCCGGUCGCAAGGUGACUUCAAUGGAGAAAUACCCAAACACCUCUGGUGCAGCUCCUCCCAUUCGGCCUAAGGAUGAGGAUGUUGUUGUCGAUUCCCCAACCGACCAUGAGAGCGAUCGCCAUCGCGAGUCAGAUGAUCCGUACGACGCUUGGCGGCUAGAUCAUGACCGCUUCUUGGGCCAGAGACGGCAGAGGUUCUUUCGAUCCGGGUUCUAUCAGACAGAAAAUACCAUCAAUGCUGAUAUCUUCAUCCGAAACAUUCCUGUUGAUGGACUGUCCGUGACAGCGGAUAAGCACAAGGUGGUCAUAGGACCAACCGCCGCCGCCGACGCCACCGGCGUAUACCCUAAAUAUAUCCAUCUCUACCUUUGGGGUAAGAUCAAGCCUGAUGAGAUCAAAUACAAUGUAAAGUCUAUGAAAAUAGAACUGGUCCUUCAGAAGGAAACGCCCGGAAAAUGGCCAGCUUUACUAAGUGCGAACGCUGAGUUCUUCGGUAAUGUUAUAUCCGGAAGCGUGGACUCUCACAGGCCUUCUCUUGAGCAGUUUGGCGAAUAUUUUAUGAAACAAGGUCACAAGGAUCCUUACAAGUUCGGACUCCCGGCCUUUGGCGAUGACCAGCUUGGCUGGUACGAUGCUCUCCUACAAAAGAUCCAUGCUGGCCUGGAAGACUCCAAGGUUGCAGCCGUGACAGCCGAGAAAACCUCAGACCCCCCUCGUGCAGCAGCCGAGGCCCCAUCAUCUACUCCAAGUCCUGCCCCGGUCAAUAGCCAAGUGAAUGCGGCGAAGGCCGCUAGCAGUUCUAGCAUCUCUAGUGCCCCAGCCUACCCCACAUCUUCCAAGAAGGGAGCGGUGAAUUGGGAUAAGAUCACCGACUUAGACGACGAUGAAGAAGACGCCAAAGAUGGGGACGUAGGUUCUUUCUUCCAGAAGAUAUACAAGGACGCGGACGACGAUACGAGAAGAGCGAUGAUGAAGAGCUAUAUCGAAAGUAAUGGCACAUCUCUUAGCACCAGCUGGGCGGAAGCCAAGCAAAAGAAGUACGACACACAACCCCCUGACGGGGCCGAAGCGAAAAAGUGGGAUGAGUGAGAACUCGCACUAGAAGAAGCUUUGUUCGAUACCUGAUACCUGCCCACUGAUUUGGCCUGCUUAGCCACCGCUUGUUUCUUUUUAUCUUUCCAAGUUUAUCUCAUUUUCCAACGCGCUUCAUUCUUCAUAUUCUUCUCCCCUCUACUGCCCCCUUUGCGCACGAAUAACAAAAAUGGACGAACGGACGAAUGGACGAAUGGUCAAGAGGAAUGAUACCAAAAGCUCUUAUCAAAUGAGCAUGAUUCUUCGUAUUGCGGUUGAUUCAAUUAUCAUGGUAGCUACCUAACGAAUGAUAAGUAAUUAGCCCACUUUCGAAUCGAAUCUCGAUGUCGCGAAUAGGUAAUUGUUGGUUAGGUAGACGAUGAUUUUCCCUCCUUUUCUUUGCAGUCCAAGUCACGUCCGGAUGGGAUGGACUUGCUUACAUACCUACGUGCCUACCUACCUAGAUAGGUAUGUAACGUGAAAAGUCACAUUCCUACCUAUAAUCGGAUACAUAUUGAAAAGUGUCACAAGACGGUAACAGGACACCUGCAUAUAUCCUAUGUAUGUAUCUUGGUAUGUAGGUAUGUAGGUAUGUACUUACCUAGGUUAGGUACUUAGAUCCUAUGUAAUUUCAAUACAAUUUCAAUACAAUUUAAAGCAGAA